AUGCCGCUGCAUCUGUCGGGUUGCCUCUGGCCACUGCACCGCCACAGGCGUCAGCAGCAGCAGCAGCAGCAAAAUGAGCAGCAGCAGCAGCAGCAGCCCCAGGAUCCGGAGCAGCAGCAGCAGCUGCAGCUGGCUGAAGCGGUAAGCCUGCGUCCAGCGGAUGCUCUCUUGGAUUCGGAAGCAGCUCAUCAGCAUCAGCAGCGGACGCGGACAGAGCAGCAGCAGCAGCAGCCGCUGGCGCACACGAAGAACAUUCUGAGCAGCAGCAGCAGCAGCUUGCCGCCUGCAGAAGUUGCAGCAGCAGUAGCAGCAGCAACAGCAGCAAAAGAGUCCUCUGCGCAGCCGCUUGCUGCUGCAACACUGACUCGUGCUGCUACGCAGCGUUCUGCUUCGCCGCAGUGUGGGGAGUCGCCGACAGCAGCAGCAGCUUCAGCAGCAGCUUCCGCAGCAGCGCCAGCAGCAGCAGCAGCAGCAGCAGCAGCAGCAGCAGCGAGCCCGGCCCUCGCAGCAGCAGCAGCAAACUUCAACCGAGAAAGCAGCUUGUGCCUCUCGCUGCAUGCACAAGGCUCGGAUUCUUUUUCGAUUUCUCCGCACUUUCAAAUAUACUUGUGGGGUUUGAACGACUGCGGGCAGCUGCUGUCUGCUGCAGCAGGGAGGGAGCAGCAGGAAGCAGAAGCAGCAGACACGAAGCCGGAGCCCGCAGCAGCAGCAGCAGCAGCAGCAGCAGCAGCAGCAGCAGCGGGGGGGCCCCCCAGACUGAUCUCUAAACUGGAAAACAAAACCAUUUGCGGCUGCUGUUUGGGCCUCGACCGCACUUGGCUUUGGGACGGAAGACAGAGCGUGUGGGGUGGGGGUUUGAAUGAGUUCGGGUGUAUAGACAUCGACGGCGACAAGUUCAUCAAAAGGCCGCGACUUUGCGAAGGCAUUCGCGGCGCUGUUUCCGUUGCUGCUGCUGCUUGCCACACCAUCGCAGUCCUCGACACAGGCUCUGCCAUUGCUUUCGGCAGCAACGAAUUCGGCCAGCUGGGCCGAGGCGCUUCAGUUUUAUCUCUUAACCAUUUCAACCCGCAAGCAAUGCAAAUAGACAGGUCUAUUCCUCAGCUUCAGGGACAGCAAGUGAGGCUUCGGCAGGCAGCCUGUGGCUCCGGCUAUUCGCUGCUGCUCUCAGACACAGGAAUGCUGCUGGGCUGUGGGCUUUCGCCUUUUGGCUGCCUGGGCAUGGGCACUGAGCGGACGCAGCAAGUGGAGCCGUUACUCCGUCCUGUCAGCGCUCUCUUUGGCUUGCCAAUAAAGCAGGUGGCGGCUAGCGACGAGCACGUCCUGGCGCUGAGCAUCAGCGGCGAGGUCUUCUCUUGGGGUUCGAACAAGUGGGGCCGUUUGGGUCUUGGCGAGGCUUAUGACGAAGUAAAACAAGUCUCCACCCCACAACUUGUGCGGCUCUCUCUGCGGGCCCGCGCAGUCUUCGCCAGCGCCAGCCACUCAGGGCUGCUGGUGUCUGGGGGGUUAUUAUAUUUGUGCGGCAGCAACAGUUAUGGGGAGUUGGGGUUCCCUGUGGGGUGCGAUCCCGCCUCCCGAUCCCGCCUCCCGCGGGACAGCACGCAGAGCCCCCCCGUCUCCUGGAGCUCCCGCUUUCUUCUAGUUCGCUCUUUGCAGAACCACAAAAUCAAACUCGCAGCUCUUGGCACGCAUUUCUCCAUGGCCCUCACCCGAAAAGGCCGCGUCUUCACUUGGGGUCUAAACAAUUUGAACCAACUGGGUGUCUCUCCGGACACGAAUUUCGCACUGUCUCCUUUUCUGGGGGAGGAGGGGCCCCCCCCGAGGCCCUGCACGUAUGAGCCGCAGCCGCUGUGGCUUCCUCCUGGGGGCCCCCCGAUUCAGCAGCUGUAUUUUUAUUUGAUUGCUGCGGGGCCCUUCACAGCAUUUGCUGCUGCUGUGGAGACGCCGCAGACUGACUCCGACCCCACAAAAGAAAAAGACAGAGCCCCUUCGCCAGCCAUAGAGCAGCUUUGCAAGAAAGUGCUGUGUCGGUCGCGUUCUUCAGUAGGUUGGGAGCAGCGGAAGCUGUCUGCUUCUUUUUCUUUGUCUCCUCAGCCGCCCUCUCCUGCUGCUGCUGCAGCAGCCGGCACUGCUGCUGCUGCGCAGCUGCCGCUGCAGCGGCUGCUCACGCUCAGCCGCGGGGAAAGCAGCUUGGUGGGCUUCGAGGGCCCGGGGGGCCCCCUCGGGGCUGCGGACCGGUCUUUGUCUCGACAAGAAAGCUGCAGCGUGGAUCUUUCUCUUUUUUGCAUGUCGGGGCUUUCUGUAGAAGAGGCCCUGGGGUACAUUGAGGGGGCCCGCAGCACGGGCGACAGCAGCCAGCUGAAGACAGUCAUUUCGAAAGUUUUCAGUGAUGUCUUUCGUCUCAAUUCUUCUUUUGUCUAUCCUGGCCACGGGAGUCUACCGGACUUUGAGGGAAUUGCUGCAGUCUAUAAGCAGCUCCCGCAGCAGAUGCUGCCCCUGGUUUGCCACUGCUUCUCAAGUGUAAUUACCAACAGCAUCAAAAUGGCGCAGCACCUCAAGAGGCCCGACCAAGUCAAGUUCAUUCUGCUCAUACUUGCAUGCACGCCUGUCUACGCCAGCUUCAGCGAGGGCUCCAAGGGGGGCCCCCAAAAGGGCACGCAGGGAGGGGCCGAGGGGGCCCCCCGCGGGAAUGACGAGCCUGAAGCCAUGGCCUCAGACACGGCCGGCAACCAGCAGCAGCAGCAGCAGCAAGAGCAGCAGCAGCUGAAGCAGCGGGGAGAGAUGCUGUACACCGCAGUGCUGCACCUGCUGUUUCAUUUGCCGGCGGAUGGAAAGAAAAGCUUUUUGAGGCUUGCGAUGGAAUUCCCGGACUCAUUGUUUGAGACGGCUCUGGUUGCCCCUGCUUGCGGCUUUCUUUCUUUGUCGCUCGCGGCCUCUGGCUCUCGCUACCGCAUUGUGGAUCGCGUGUGGCACUGCGUGGCUUUGCUGCAGCUGCUGUAUCGGGCAAACUGCAGCAGCAACCGCCGCGUGCUGCUGCAGGGAGCAGCAGACACCAAGAUUCCCAUCGAUAAGUUUCAAGUCAAAGAAAUUGGCACCCUGGUAGACCCUAUUAAGGAAGUCGGAGCUUAUGUAGAGAUGGCCCCGAGAGCGACUCAGGACAAAACACAAAGGCAAAUUGCAGUGCGUUUGUUCGACUUGGAGCGGGACGUCAUAGGGAGUUGCGAGUUGCAGUCGCGGUGGUCUCUGUUCAUUGCCCAUUUAAAUCUCUGUCCUCUUUCCUUUAAGAGGAAUGUACUGCUAGUAGACAACGUCUAUCACCAGCACCACACCUCCCUUCAGUCCUUAUUGGACACCAAACUCCCCUUCUUGAUUUUGAGGGUCCGGCGCAGUCACCUAAUUGAAGAUGCAUGCAAGCUCCUUGGAUCGAACGAUCCCAGGGACCUCCUGAGGCCCCUCAAGGUCAUAUUUGAGGGGGAGGAGGGAGUCGAUGAAGGAGGACUACGGAGGGAAUUCUUUUCGUUGUUAACUCGGGAGUUGUUCUCUGCUUCGCGCGGUCUCUUCACGUACCACUCGGGUGUACGUACACUGUGGUUUAAGCAGCAAGAAGAGCCACUAGGCUCUCAGGACAAACGAGAAGAUGCUUCUACAGCAGCAGCAGCAGACUCAGAGCCAGCUGCAGCGAAGCCCGCUGCUGCAGCUGCAGCAGAUUCCGCAACUUCUGCAGCAGAAGGUUCUCCUAAUCCCGAAGAAAAGCCAGCGGGGGCCCCUGCCUCCUCGGACCAGGACAGCAGCAGCAGCAGCAACAACGACAGUAGCGAGUUAAUCCCUGAAGGCAAGGCCAAGGAGUAUUGGCUUACGGGUCUUCUUGCAUCUAUGGCGGUCUAUAACGACAUCCUGAUGCCACUGAGUCUGCCCAUUGUUGUGUACAAGCAACUCCAAGGGGAGGACGUGGCACUAGAAGAUCUGAGCGACGUGUUCCCCGACGAACUGAACAGCUUCGAGAAGCUAUUGGAAAUCGACAACGAGACAGAUUUCAAUAACGCAUUUGAAGGCAUGGCCUUUUGCGUUGACGUGGAGCAAGGGGAUGGGCGACGCGUGCAGGUGCCGCUCAAGCCCGAUGGAGCGUCGAUUCCACUAACCAUCGAAAACAGAAAUGAAUUCGUCAAUUUGUAUGCCAAGUACUUGUUGGUGGAUUCUGUAAAGUCACAGUUUUCAUAUUUCAAAAAGGGUUUCCAGCUGAUUGCCUCGCCGCUCCUCUCCAGCCUCACUGGUCCCGAGCUGCAGCUCCUCCUCUGCGGUACACCAGAGCUCAACUUCGAGGACCUGAAGGCCUCUUGCAGGUACGAGGGCUACUCUCCGGACUCUCCGUACAUAAAGUCACUGUGGGAUAUUCUCUUCUCUUUCGACACUUUUCAAAAGCAAAAUUUCCUCAAAUUUGUUUCAGGUAGCGAACGGUCGCCUGCUUUCGGCCUAUCUGAGCUGCGAAUGACAAUUCAGAAAAAUGGCGGAGAGCCCACAGAGCGUCUUCCGACCUCCUUCACAUGCUUUUGUACGUUUCUUCUUCCCGAGUAUGGGACCAAGGAGAAGCUGCAGAGACUAUUAACCAUUGCUAUUGAAGCUUCGGAGGGCUUCGGGCUGCAGUGA